CGGCUCCCUCCUCUCUCACUGAUGUUUUUUUCAGUUUUCUUUCUUGGCUCCUCAGCAGAACUUCAAUACCUGAACAAAUAGGCUGAAGCCUCGACAUGACUCCAGAGAAGGAAAGUAAUGGACUCGACAACUACGCCUUUGCGCUGGAAGGACGCUUCUGUGAUCUGCCAGACGGAGGAGAGGAACUGGACUCCUCUCUGGACGAAGAUGGCAACAAGCUGGCGUACUGCGUGACCGACGUCCCUCCCUGGUACCUGUGCAUCGUUUUAGGCAUCCAGCACUGUCUGACUGCGUUCGGAGGCAUCAUCGCCAUCCCCCUCAUCCUGUCUCAGGGCUUGUGUCUGCAGCACGACGGCCUCACGCAGAGCCACCUCAUCAGCACCAUCUUCUUCGUUUCCGGCAUCUGCACUCUGCUGCAGGUUACCUUCGGCAUCAGACUGCCCAUUCUCCAAGGGGGCACCUUCACGUUGCUGGCCCCCUGCAUGGCCAUGCUGUCCAUGCCAGAGUGGACAUGUCCUGCCUGGACUCAGAACGCCAGCUUGGUCAACACCUCCUCCGCAAACUACACGGAGGUGUGGCAGAGUCGAAUGAGAGCACUGCAGGGAUCCAUCAUGGUGGGCUCCCUCUUCCAGGUGUUUGUCGGUUUCUCGGGCCUCAUCGGCCUCUUCAUGCGCUUCAUCGGACCGCUCACCAUCGCUCCCACCAUCUCCCUCAUCGGCCUGUCCUUGUUUGACUCGGCCGGCAGCAGCGCUGGCAACCACUGGGGCAUCUCUUCAAUGACCACAGCACUGAUCAUCCUGUUCUCUCAGUACCUUCGUCACAUCUCAGUGCCUUUUCCUACAUACAGCAAGGAUAAGAAGCUGCACACCUCUCGAGUCUACGUCUUUCAGAUCCUCCCCGUCUUGCUUGGCAUCACAUUGUCUUGGCUCAUCUGUUACCUUCUGACCACCUACAACGUGCUGCCCACUGAGCCGGACCAGUACGGGUACCUGGCUCGCACCGAUCUGAAGGGAGACGUCAUAAGCCAAGCUCCCUGGUUCACGUUUCCAUACCCAGGUCAGUGGGGGAUGCCGACCGUGAGCCUAGCGGGCGUCGUUGGCAUCUUGGCUGGAGUGAUUUCCUCCAUGAUAGAGUCUGUCGGGGACUACCACGCCUGUGCGAGGCUAUCUGGAGCCCCACCGCCACCUAAACACGCCAUCAACAGGGGCAUUGGCAUCGAGGGGAUAGGCUGCCUGCUGGCCGGUGCCUGGGGUACCGGAAACGGCACCACGUCGUACAGUGAGAAUGUUGGAGCCCUCGGGAUAACAAAGGUGGGCAGUCGUAUGGUGAUCGUGGCCAGCGGCGUGCUGAUGGUGGUGAUGGGCGUGUUCGGUAAAGUAGGCGCUGCGUUCACCACCAUCCCGUCCCCCGUGAUAGGAGGCAUGUUCAUGGUCAUGUUUGGCGUCAUCUCUGCAGCAGGAGUCUCCAAUCUGCAGUACGCAGACAUGAAUUCAUCUCGAAACAUCUUCAUCUUUGGCUUCUCCAUGUUCUCCGGUCUGGUCAUUCCCAACUGGAUAUUAAACAAUCCAAAAGCAAUCUCUACAGGUGUGGUGGAGCUUGACCAGGUGCUGCAGGUCCUUCUGACAACCAGUAUGUUUGUUGGAGGCUUCUUCGGCUUCAUACUGGACAACACUAUCCCAGGAUCAAAGCAUGAACGAGGCAUCCUGGCCUGGAACAAGGCUCACGAGGACGACUCCAGCAACACGCUGGAGAGCGGAGAAGUCUACAACCUCCCCUUUGGCCUCAGCGCUUACUUGUCUGCUUCCUCCUGGUGCCGGUACAUACCCUUCUGCCCUCCCGGGAUGCCCAGCUCCCUGAGCGGAUGUGGAGCGGAUACUAAUUCACUGGAGCCUAAACGGCCACUGGGACAUCCAGAGCCUGCACAGAUCAUCGUUGGAGUCAGUUUGUGAGCAGCGUCGGCGCUCCAGCGUGCCGUUUUGGGGGAUUUUCCUGAAACAAUACCAUCAAAGGCAGCUCAGUUUGGACCACGGGUCCUGUGGCGACGGCACUGUACUGUAACAUCAGGGUGCAAAGUGUUUAAAUAACCGUGAACUUCCGCUAAGGCGCUAUUAGACCUGUUUUAAAUCGAUGACAUUGAUGAGUUGAUAUUUGCUGAUUAUAGACGGCUGACAUGUGCUGAAGCCCCGCCCCCACUCCUCGCUUCCUGUGCAGUAAUCUGUAUUCACACAGAACAUACUCUGAGUAUAACCUGUGAUUUCCUCAGUUUAAAACUUGAUGUUCUAUCAGUUUGAAUGCAGGUGCUAGAGAACAAACACGGACAAGACAUGUGAAUGUAAAUAAAUCCAUGACUUUUAAUGCAACAUACAGAUCCAAUACAUAGUUUCAUGUACAUACAGUACCUCAUGUUGGACUUCUGCUGUAACAGUCGAUACUUUAAUAACUGUGUUUGUGCACUUUACAUGUUUGUUUCUGACAGGACUUUCCUCUCAGGCUCCUCACAGCCUGCCAGCAUACAAGAUGCAACGUUUCCUCAGUGCACAAAUCAGGACUACUGACUAAUAUUAAUGGAUUUUUCUAAAUAAAAAUGAAAGUGUUUUUCUUA